AACAACAACCCCUGGCAUACACCUGAGGGCAUGAAAAGCAUUACGGUUUACAGUGAGGCCGGUUUAUCUUGGAGUGUGUGUACAAAUGUAAAUGUGAAUACACAAUCACGAGAGCUUUUAUAUUGGUUUAUAUUAGAAUUCUUUAUGAAUCACUGUGAUACAUCUACUCAGAGUCACAGUCAAAGAAAACAACUCUACACAUUUCUUAUUGAUCCUCCUCAAGGUUUAAAUUUAAAGCAAUGUACGAAUAAUUAUAUAAUUCUAUUCUGUAAAUAUGUGACUUUACGUAAGGAUUGCUUUUGAACGGUCCCGUCACAUGUGUGUUCUUCCCACACAAACAUAGACAUCGAAUAUUUCAGCGGGGUGUGUUCACCUCCCUUUAAUGGUCCAAUGUAAAAGGCGAUAGCAAAUUUAUACAAAUGGAAAUUUACAUACACCGAAAAGCAAUGCAAAUAAUAAUAAGGAUCAUUUAAACACAUUUUAUUUUUGCGUCAGAGCAUCACAGUGUCGAAAUUAAUUCAAAAAUAAUUCAUGCAGUUUAAGAUCAAGCAAAAUUGUUCAUCUUUUAUAUUACCCCAUAAUAUUAGAUCUGUUUACACAUUUUUCAUUUACAUGCAUCAAACCCAUAUCUUUAGCUCCAAUUUACUUUAAAGCAUUUUUUUUAGCUUCUUUUAAUUCACACCAAUAAAUCCAUGAGUAACACACACACACACACACACACACCACACACACAACGGACCCACAUUAAAAUUCUAUCACCACAGGCAUUGUCUUUUGCUCAUAAAAUAACAUUAGAUUGUCAUUGUUCUGACUGCAGCUCACAAGAACAACAGAACAUAUCCAUGUAAAGAACAAGGGGUCAGUCACUGAUUUGUAUAUUUGUGAUGCAAUCCCUGCACACUGCCUUGUGCCAGACAGAAGAUCAUUAUUAUAAUUUUCACAUCAUAAAAUAUUUAUUGAAUUUUGUACAAUGUUUUUCCACAAAACGUGUCCAUUACUUCAUUUGUCCUUUAUUUAUUGGCCAUUGCAUCGACUAUUUGCAUAGUUAUGGUUGCACGAAUGAAAGAAAAGAAUCACACCAGACACAGACAAACAGAAUUCAAAAUGUCUGUGCACCUUUAACCAACAUAAUGAAAUAUCGUUAACAUUCAUGUACGUUUGCGAUAAGGCCUUAUAGUGCGGGUGUUUCACGCAACAGUAACCUCCUGCAGUGAAGGCUACAGCUGUUUGACUCCUGUGGUAAAACCAUUCUAUUACUACUAUAUCUUUACAUUUGGAUUUUUUCAUUGUAGCCUUGCUUACCUUUUUAUUUUUUAUACACACAAUUGUUUAACAAGAAGAGAUCAGCUUUGACAUUCAGACCCCAUUUAAGUAAAGCACUACUAUUUGAUCAUAUAAAUGCAGCGUUGUCCUUCUUAAAUAUGGACGAUGGACAGAUUGCACAUCCAGCGUGAAAUUCACAAUAGUAUUAUCAUAACAAUGGACCCGAGUGGCUAGGAUGGGACGACCGGAGCAGAAAAAAAAACCUAAAGGUCUUCUGUGAUGAGGAAUGGACACGUCAAUUUAGGCUUAAGGAUUUCUUUUUUUUUUUGUUUUGUCCAACAUUUUAAUUAAAUCAUAAAAACCAAUGCCUGAAUCCCACACCUGCAGCCACACUCCAAAAUACAAUAAUGUCACGUUUCAUCUUGGAGCAGUUUAGAUGAUUUCUUUGUUUGUUUGUUUAUUGUAAGUAUUUAUUUCAAGAUCUGUGUUUGACUUCUGAAGGCUCUUUGUAAGACAAAACCAUUGUGAUAAGAGGCCAACUUUUCUGACGCAGAAAAGCCACAAAGAGAAGCUGAAAUAUUUCAGGAAAAUCAAACAGUUUACGUCAAGUACACAACUCCUACAUUUGUACGUAUAUGCAAUGAAGUGUCUUAAACAAACGGUCUGUGUUUUAUUCGUAGGGGCCUUGUUGUGUGUUUGUUCUUCCUAACAGUAAAUACGGCAAAUGUCGCACUUUUUUGUCAGCCAUAUUUGCCUUUAGAAUCAUAUUGACAUUACGUUUGUGUUUUUUUUGUCAAUAUCAACACCACUAUUUGUGGUAUUUUAUAGUCAAUAUGUGUUUUUAUUUACGAAUGAUUUUUUAUUUGUUUUAACUCACAGUGUUUUCACUGAGAUUAGGACUGGUGUACAUUUUACUUUUUUUUUUUUUUUUAGGCUACUGUUAUAAUUCAGCCAUAAAUAAUUUUGUCGGUAAUUCAAAUUCACCGUUUCAGGUGUAAUUCUCGCACUUAUAAAAAUAUUUUUCUUCUUCUCCUGUUCUUCUCUUUGCAUCCGCUGAAGCCUCUCCCACUCGCUCCACUCCCCCUCUCUCUCUUUUUCUCUCUCUCGCGGAAUCCUAUUGAUCCAAACGGGCUAAUUAGCGGUGUCUGCGCAAUUACGCACAUGCGCACUGGGCGUAAUCUCAGCCAUUUUUUGAAGGAAACUAAUUAGCAGGAAUAAAGAGCCAAGUGUUUUUCCCCCCACAGUGAUCAGAACUCAUUCUACCUCUGGAGCUCGCACAAACCCCUCCGUCCCCUAUCUUCUGUUUACUACAGCCUAUAUGUAGCUUUAAUUACUCUGUUGUUUGCUAACAACUUGGACCCCGCUGCUCUCUCUCCCUCUCCCCUUUUUUUCCUCCUGGCUCCGUAAAACGCAGAGGGUCAUUCAUAAGGAAUGAGUGGGCUCUCUAUGCGAUUGUUUUCUGGACUACUACACAUUCAGCGUACGGAGCUUUGUACCAGAGCCGCUGCAGAAAUGUGGGGUAACAAUGCGUGGAAGCUGUAGCCUCUGGUAUGGACAGUGAGGGAGGAGGAGGGGAUGGAGGGGGAGGAGAGGACAGAGAUGCUGACCUCAGUCCCCAGGCUUUAUCUCUUCCUCUCCUGACCCUGGAGGUCAGUCCUGAGCAGGGGUCAUCCUCUCAUACCUCAGCCACAGCCCCUGCCAAAGAGCCCCUGACCCUGCCUCAGCAGCAGGAGGAGGAGGGCGCAGAGGGGUCCCAGGCUAGAGAGGAGACCCAGGGAGGGGUGCAAGAAGAAGAAGGAGGCCGACAUUUACAGGAGAAUGGAGCGUGUCAAAAGCAGGGGAUGAAAGAAGACUUUGGGGAGGGAUAUUUGUCAGGGCGAAGGAAGGAAGAAGCGGGGGUACAUGGCGGUGUGGGAGAGGCGUCAGUUACAGGGGGCCUCCCAGCAGCCCUUUGCAGCAGCAGCAGCGGAGAGAAGGAAAAGGAAGAGGAGGAGGCCAUCUCAAACCAAAGCCAAACCAAAUCCAAAUGUUCUUUAUUACCUCAACAGAGCCAGCACAGCUCUUCUUCCAGCACUGCAAAGGCCAGUGGCACACUCGACAACAAAACAGCCGCCUCUCCAAAGCCCUCCCCCACUCCUUCCGCCUCUCCAAAGCCCUCCCCUUUUCUUUCCACCUCUCCAAAGCACUUCACUUGUCCGUCCUCCUCUCCUACCCUGCAAAGCGAAACAGAGGUAAAAGACAUUAAGGGAGAUCAGGGCUGGAUUUCUGAGUUUCCUCAGAGCUUUAAAUCCCAGCCCUCUACCCUGGCUUGUCCGCUGGCAGGUACGGAGCCUGCCAGUACACCUGCUGAGGAUGUCGGGCCUGCAGGGGGUCCUCACUCUUCCAUAUCCAGUGUAGAUGGUGCCAAAGCUCCAGAACCAAAUGACAGCCAGCUAGACACAGAAGUGGACGACGAGAGGGAACAGGAGGAAGAACAGAAAGAAGCUGUCCUUAAAAACCUCAACCCAGAACUUUCUCCUAAUUCACUGACGAGUCACAUGACCAUAAUGCACUCACGCAAUUCCUGCAAGACGCUGAAAUGCCCCAAGUGCAACUGGCACUAUAAGUCACAGCAUACUCUGCAAGUCCAUAUGAAGGAGAAACAUCCAGAGACGGGAGGCCAGUGUGUGUGCGGCUCCUCUGGGGGGAAGUGUAUAUGCGGCGGCGCAACACGAGAUGUGUGUGGAUAUUGUAGUUCGGGGAAAGCUCACCCUCGUUUGGCCCGUGGUGAAACCUACGCCUGUGGCUACAAGCCCUACCGCUGCGAGGUGUGCGAUUAUGCCACGUCGUCGAAAGGCAACCUCAGCAUACACAUGCAGUCGGAUAAACACCUUAAUAACGUUCAAAAUGGGGGCCACUCGAAUGGUCACCUGCCCACUUCUCACGUUGCCAACAACAGCAGCUCCUCAAACGGUCACACGGCUGAAGAGCCUGCAUACAAGCUCCCACUCUCUAUUCCCUCGCCCACAGCCCAGCCUGCUAAGCUCACACCACCUGCACACUCCCACUCUCACGGUAAGCGGUGGCGGUGUGACGUGUGCGACUACGAGACCAGCAUUGCCCGCAACCUGCGCAUACACACCACCAGCGAGAAACACACACACAACAUGCUGCGGCUACAGAGAGGUUACUAUCUGUCUCACUGUAGAAGCCUCGCCCCGCAGCUCAAAAACCUACAAAACACAGGCGCCGAGCUCUCCUUGAACAUGCGACUGACCAGUCAACAACUUGCAGAGCAGCCAGUCACCCUUGGGUCUGCCCUGACUCCAUCUCCGUCCCCGUCUCCCUCCCCACCUCCAGCGCCGUCUCUUUCCCCGACCGGACCUCUCUCCCAGGGCGUGUUUCAAUGCCUCGUCUGCUCCUGUUUUUCUUCCGACAGCUUAGAGUCCGUGGAGCAGCACCUGAACGCCACUCGCUCUCUGCCACAGUCCAUGUGGUGCUCCCUGGUCGCGGGCGGCUGCCACUGCAGGCUGUGCGGCUACACCACCCCGCUGAGGGCCAACUUCUCCCUGCACUGUCAGACUGACAGACACCGUAUAAGGUACCAGCUUGCUGCUCACCUGCAGGAGGGUGGAGACCGGGGUCAGGAGGGGGAGGCCCUUAUUGCUAAGGGUAAUCCUGUCCAGCUGAGGUGCAACCUGUGUGACUGCGUGACCAGCAGUUUGGAGAAGUUGCGAGGUCAUUCCCUCGGUUCACACCACAAAGCCAGCGUCCGAGUUUACAGAUUUCUGCAGCAGUAUGAUGGUGAGGUUGAUGGUGGUUCGUGGCUGUUCCAUUGCCUCCUAUGCAACCACUCGUCCUCUUCUAAACUCCAAGUACUGAAACACAGUCAAACCGCAACACAUCAACAGAGGGAAGGGCUACUCCAGCUGCAGCCCAUGGGCGGUGAGGAGCUGGCAGCCAUUUUUACCAUCAGGAAAAUCCCUGAUGGUGACCAAGGAGAGUUCGGCGAGGAUAUUGAAACUUCCAGUGAGACCACCACUGGUCCUUUGGACACAACCAAAGACAAAUGUAUCUUGAUUUCCGAGGAGACAGUGAAAGUAGAAAAUAAAGAGGAGGAAAGAGAACAGAGGGGUUCAUUUCCUUCAGUCAAGCGCUCAUCCUCUGGACACGAGGAAUUGGAAAUCCCCAUCUCAACCAAACGCCCCAGACUACACCAGCAAAAUGAGAACCAGCAAGAGAGAAAUACUGUCCAGUGCCCUUUGUGCCAGGUUAACCUCCCAUACAAACAGCUUCAGCAGCAUCUCACACAUGUUCACAGUGUGGCCGAGGACUGUGUAGACAAGCUCAUCAGCACAGUCACACCAUCAUUUGAACAACCACCUCUGCUGCAGACUGAACCAGAACCAGAGCUGAGUUCAGAUGAAAGUCUGACAAAUACAUCCCCCAAAAUGAACAAUGCAAUUUGGUCCAAUACUACUAAUACCACAGACCCAGUUGAUUCACAGAAAGACAAAGGUAUUUCAGUUGAAAAUGGAACUUUAGUUGAAAAUGCUGAAGAAGAAGUAGCCACACCCAAAGAUGUCACAGCUCUACUCACCCCACCCCUUGAAGACAACACCACUCACCAUUCUAAUGGCAGACUGGCUCCUCAGUCCCCAACUCAGUUCCCCCCUUCUUCUCCACCCAGCUCCCCAGCCAGCGACCCCCCUCCCCUCUCUGAUCGCCAUGGUUACCGGUUUCGUUGCAGCAGGUGCAGCCUGGCGUUCCCCACUCAGGAGAAGCUCCAGCUGCACUGGCAGUACCAUGCCAUGAGGGCGGCGACAGAGUGCCCCAUCUGUUCAAGACAAUGCCGCAGUCAGGAGGCUCUGCAUAGACACAUGCAGAACACACACUCACAGCUUGACAACACACAGGGGCAGAAUACACUCCCAACGCCUCACACUACACACUUCAUGGAGAUUAACAAGAGUUCAUUUCAACAAAAUUUAAGUUUGUCACCUCAAGUGGGUCAAGAAGCAGGUGAGGCUGAAGAUGAGGACAUGGAGGAGGAGGAAGCAAUUGACAUGAAUAGAAAGGAGGAAACAAAAGAAGGAGUUGAAUAUGAGGAGAAGGAUAUGAUUGAUGAAACUGAUGGCAGUGAGGAGGAAUUAACUGAGCUAGAAAAAGGGCUUCAUGGUGAAAUCAGAUCAGAACCUAGUUCCAGCUCUCCUGUCAAAAGGGGCUCAAACCCCACAAUGGACCGCUACCUUGAUCCAACCAGGCCCUAUAAAUGCACAAUAUGCUCUGAAUCUUUUACCCAGAAAACCAUUCUUCUGGUCCACUAUAACUCUGUGUCUCAUCUUCAUCGGGCCAGACGAGCCCUACAGGACCCUGGCACAUGUGUUACUGCCCCUGAGGCGCCGCGUGGCCCAGAUCCUAGGCCAUACCGCUGCCGAUUGUGUGGAGUGGGCUACAGCCAGAGCUCCACAUUGGACAUACAUCUUCGCUCUGUCCUACAUCAGACCAGAGCUCGUGCUGCCCAGAAUUCAGCACCACAGACCCCAGCAUCUAGUGUAGCUGCUCCUGUGUCAGUCUCCACUACGGCUACUCAGGCGGCUACCACCAGAGAAGACAAAACCUCCAAGUGUUUUACCAAGAGGCCAAAUGUAGUUAGCAGUUCAACCUCCGCGCUAUUCCAGGGUGUACCAGCUGAGGCCCAGUCCACCCUCCCUAACCCAAGUGACAACCAGCAGGUUAAAAAGAGAGUGGCAGAGCUUCUAGCAUCCAGAAACCAGCUUAUGCUUAUACAACAGCAACAAUUAGCUCAGGCACAGGCCCAAGCUCAGUUACAACAACAAACAGCCCUUCUCCAGUCCCAUUUAUUGCAGCACCUUCCCUUGGGGCCAGAGAAUCUCCUCAAACAGCACUUUUCCCUGACAGCAGAAAACUUACUCAAUCUGCAGCAGCAACUUCUUCUUCCCUUUUACUUGUCCGGAGACAUGAAGCUUAACUCAGAGAUAUCUGUAAAGAACCCAGAACUUAGUCAGUUAGUAUCUGACUUUUCCAUCGCAAAUUAUCAAAUUGAGACAGACGCUAAGGGGGAGUUUCAGCCCAAAAGAAAUGAGAAACAAAUACAGAGACAACAUUUAAACCCAGUUUUUAGUCAACAUAAGGAUCCUGUGCAUCGUGAAACCAUUGUAGAAGCAGGCUACAGUAGAUCCUCCAGAAACGAGACAGAAAGACAACCCGGCAAUUCCAGCCUUGAAGAAGGAAAAGAAGAAAUGCCUGUUCCUACAGUCAAAAAUGAGGGUCAGAAGAGGGAAACAGAUCCUUCACCAUGUAAUGUUCUUGGACUGCAAUGCCCCCCUCCUAGAAUUCCCUAUGCCUCAGUAAAUGGGGAGCCUCUUAGAGCACUGCUGCAAAGUUAUGGCUUUGAGUUGGCACUGCAAUACAUACAAAGUAGACACAGAAACCAGCAGCAGAUAUCAACGCAUGUGAUACCAGAUAAACAGGAGUACUGUGAUAACAAGGAGAUUGGGGUGUUGUCAGAGGAAAAAAGAGAAAAGCUUUUUGAAUUACAAGAUGUAAGGCUGGAAGGCUGUAACACAGAAAAGGACGGAGUAGAAGUCAAUGGAGGGAUUGAAGACUUGCCACAAGAUGAAGAGAAGAAAAAAGAAGAAUCUGGAAAAAAAUGCUGUGGAAGAGGAAAGGAGUGCAGAGACUGUGGCAAGUUUUUUUCAGAUUCCUUGAUCUUGAAAAGUCACCAGGAGUACAUUCACAGGUCUCUGUUUCCAACCGCCGCAUUGGAGAGGUUUUCCAGAGAAUACCGGCUGCAGUAUGACCAGAUGUACCCCCUCCCACAGCCUAAAUCUGGGGAAGAUUUAACUACUUGCCCCCAAGCUGCAGUUCAAGCUCCGUCCUCAGAAUCAGAAACUGCAAUAGAAACAGUCAGGCCUCAAGUUAAAACACUUGAACCCUUACCCUCAACUUCAGUUUCAGAACUCGUAACCAAAACAUGCUCACCAGCUUCAGACCCAUCAUCAACUGCCCCUCCUCCUUCUUCUCCAGUACAUUCACAACCUCAAGAUUUUUCACAAGAGGCGGUCAACCUAAGCACAUCUGCCACAGUUACUUCUCAUACCACAUCCCAGGCUACCUCCAUACCUCUUCCAUUACCAAUGCUUCCUCUUUCUUUGCCUCAGCUCUCUAUGCCUCCACUGACACUGCCUAAGCUUUCCCUACCCCCUGGUCCUUUCCCAAUGGAGCUACCUCUCCUCUCUCCACUUGUAAUGCAGUCAGUAGCUCUUCAGUCUAAACCUUGGUUGGACUCAAAUGUGAAUCCUGAGUUGGCAAAACUCUACCAAUCUCAACUGAACCAAGCACUGCUCGGUCAUCAGCCACAGCUUAAUCCAGCUUUGCUCGCCCAGCAACCUCAGCUCAGCCCAGUUUUGCAAAUUCAGCCCCCACAGCUCAAUCCUGCGCUGCUUGGUCAAAAAUCCCAACCAAAUCCUAUCCAAACAGGACAACAACAACAACAACCCCAAGCCAGCCCAACCACACUUGAGGGGGGUAAGAGAACCCGAACCCGAAUCUCCGAGGAGCAGCUGACCGUUCUGAGGAAACACUUUGACAUCAACAGCCUCCCCAGUGAUCAAGAGAUCAACAAGAUGUCUGCUUUGGCUGGUCUGCCUCUUAAAGUCAUCAAACACUGGUUCCGCAACACCCUAUUUAAAGAGCGCCAGCGAGACAAGGAUUCCCCUUAUAAUUUUAAUAAUCCACCAACCAUUGCCCUGGAGGAGUCCAGAAAAGAAAUGGCACAAUCCCAGCCGUUGUCACUUUCCCCAUGUUCACUGUCCCCAGGCCUUCCAGUCAACAUUUCCCCCCAGCCUCAGACAACAGACAUCCAGAGAGAAGAGCCCCAUAGGGGAAGACGCUCUUCCCGUACCCGCUUUACAGAACAACAACUGGAGACCCUGCAGAGGGUUUUUGAGGCCACGCCCUACCCCAGAGAGGAAGAAUAUGACAGGUUGUCUGCACGGUUGUCUCUUCCUAACAGAGUCAUUGUUGUAUGGUUCCAAAAUGCCAGACAGAGAGCCCGCAAACAUCAAGACCAGGGGAAUGAUGAUGGAUCAGAAGGGAAGAACCAGCAUGACAACAUUCACAGACAGAGAAAUGGUAGCCACAAGAAUGAAGAUUACGAUAAUGAUGAUAACAGCUGUGGUGAUGAACGACAUAGUGAAUCGCAAAAUGAAAACUCCAUGGAUCUGACUUAUGAGUAUUACACCCACCCAGAUUCACCUUUUGUUGAUUCAGCUUCUUCCUGCCCAGAGAGUGAGCAUCCAACAGCCAAAGGUGAAUCAACACCUGUUACUGGCAACCAAGAAGAUAAAAUAGUUCCUCAUCUUGAAAACACCAACACAGAUUUUGUUCAAACUCAAAAUGGCAUUUCAGAUGCAGAUGUUAAGCAUAAGGACAUUGUUCUGGCUAUAAAAACAGAGUCCUCUCCAAAACCUGAGCCCACCCUGCAGCCCGAAAGGACUGCAGAAAGCCCUGCUCCUUGCUCUACCUCCUCUUCACAAAAAAAUGAACCCACCAUCCUUUCUACGGCUCAUUCCAGCCAAGGGCGGAUACACAGCCCCCUCUCUGAUCAAGCUGCUGAUACAUCAAGCCUCCCUGCUCCUCCAGAGCAAGAAAAAAGCCACAAGCUGCCUGAUUCCAACUCUGGCUUACCCGCAGAAGUUCAGCCAAAUAUACAGCUUCAACCCCAAACCCAGGCUCAGUUUCAGUGCAGUCUUUGCCCAAUGUCUUUGCCAUCAUUCCAGUUGUGGCAGGAGCAUCAGACUAGGCACCUCCUGGCAGCUCAGUCCCAGGUUCAAUUUCUCCACUCUGGCUUUCCAGAACGAUCCAUGCCUUAUAUGAUGCUUCACCCCAACCACACCUUGAUGGCGAGCCAAAUGCUUUCAGGUGCUAUGUCUCAAAUGCACCCUAACCCAACACAUCCUAUGAUGUCACACUUAAACAACAUACAGAUUAAGAACACACUCUCUGAACACUCAAGUACCUCCCUCACCAGCCUCUCUCAAACGUCCCUGGCUACCAUAAAGCAGAAUUCCAAAAUUAUAUCAGAGGGCAGUUUUGAAGGCCAAAGGAGUAGUAGAGAAAUUGAUGAAGAACAACGAAGGGAUAAACGCCAGAGAACCACGAUCACCCCAGAGCAGCUUGAAGUGUUGUACCAGCGCUACAGCAUGGACUCCAACCCCACCAGAGGUGUCCUGGAAAGCAUUGCACGGGAUGUAGGCCUCACAAGACGUGUGGUUCAGGUUUGGUUUCAGAAUACACGUGCCAGAGAGAGAAAGGGACAAUUUCGUUCACUUGGGCCAGGAUCCAAUUUCAGCUUGGGUUUCAACCAUCUGCGCUGCCCAUUUUGCAGGGCUCUGUUUAAGGUGAAGAGUGCUCUGGAUGCCCAUAUGAGGUCACGCCACUGGACUGAGGCGGAAAGAGCAGGCUAUAACUUAUCAAUGAGUAAUGGAUCUAAUGGGCAGAUUGGGAUGGCUAUGUCAUCUGUCAUGGACAGACCUGGCCCCUCUGUCUCCUUUUACCCAAACCAUGGCAUUGCCAUCAGCAACAACCAAUUAACUGUAAAGCCAUCUAUGACCUCCUUGUCUUCAACCACUGAUUUAAAAAACCAAGAGGAGGAGGAUGAUUAUGAAGAAGAUGAAGAAGAGUACCCAUGUGAAGAGGGUUCCAGUUUGGCUGACCAAGGUUCUCCUAGUCCUGAGGGAUCUGGGGGUCCAGGUGCAGAAUGGGGUGAAACACAAGCUCUGCAGCAGCAGAACCAUCAGCAGCAGCGCCAAAGGACACAGAUGAGCCACUACCAGGUAAUGCAGCUCAGAGACUUCUACAGGAGCCACCGCAACCCCAAUCGACAUGAGUGUGAGGCACUUGGCCAGGAGUUGGGACUACCUCACCGUGUGGUACAGGUGUGGUUCCAGAAUGCCAGAGCCAAGGAGAAGAGAGCCAGGAGCCUGAGCUCUGAUGCUGCAGAGAGAGAGCAGGCCGAGCUGUCCGCAGGGGCAGGGGAGAGAGAUAGAGCUUAGAGAGGCCGACUACGAUUCCUUCUCACACACCCUCCUUGAAACCUCUCCUGCACCUGUUAUACAUGUCAACCUCUACACAUAUUCCCUGCCCACUUUGCUGCCAAAUCUGUCACCUGAACACCCCAAAGAUGCAGAGCCUUCUUGGCCCAAAGAACGACUCUCAACCUUUCGUAGGAGAGAGCCCAAACCAAGUCCUCUCAACAACAGCUUUCCUCUUUUCAUUCUCCUCCAAAAACUUUUUUCCUGGUCUGAACUCUCUUGUCAAAAAAGAGCCCCUCUCCCUGUCCUGUCAAGACACCUUACUACAACCAAACACCACCUUGUAAAACCAACCAGAUGCCACAGAGGCCAAAGAGCAUUCUCCAAGUAUGUGACCUCACUGCCCAGCUAGACCUGCAGUCUACCUCUCAGUCUGCAUGACAGACUCACAGUGGGCCCUCCAACUGACAGUGCUAGAUGACUAGCUGUGUAGCAUGUAGUGUCAGUCUGUAAGAGGCUGGAAAAGAAAUUGUCAAAGAGAUUUAGUGUAAAUAGAAGGUUCCAAAAGAUACACUUGAAGAAAAAAACAAAGCUGUUAACGGUGACAGAAGAUAAAAAAAAACAAAAAACGGAAAAAUAUCCUUGAAAUAGAUGGAGGUAUUUGCAUAGAGCUUUUGUAAAGACUGACUCAGAUUCCAAAGCUCGUAACCAAAAUUUUACGUCUGUGGAUUUACUUUUAAUGUUUGUUUUCAAUAACAAACUGCUGACAGAGCUGACGUCUGUAUGGUGAAUGGGGGGGAGAUAUGCAGCUUCCAUAUGGUAAGCCGAGUACCAAUAGACUGACACGGUGCUUGAAUGCAGCUUCAACCCUCCACACGCCAAUGAAGAGUCUUCUGUUGUACAUGUACACCUUCUAUGUUUCUUUAGUGAAUAACAGCCCAAAUAGCACAGAACGAAAAAAGGCCAGUUUGUCCUGAAAGGGGCAAACUAUUUUUUAUAGCACUCAACCAUUAUACUGUUUAUGAAAACUUUAACCAAACUCGAAUUGACAUUGUGUGUGUUUAGUAAUAGUUUCUUGAUAUAAAUCUUAUGAAUUGAGAUGAACUGUCUUGCUUCGAUAUAAUAGUGUCAUGAUUAUGAAAAGAUUAUGACAGCUUUGAUGUGUUCAGGCAAGGUGACCUACUGCCUUUCUGUUCUAUUUGAAUAUACCAAUGGCUGACCAAUGUUAUGUGAUUAAUGUAAAGCUUUCUAUGCUCAGGUUUACAGCUCAACAACUUCACUUCUAAUGUGAUCUUAAUACUGAACUUGUCUGUUUUUUUUCCAAAAAAAAACAGAAGAGUCACGGUUUUAAAAUUGGACUAAGUAUUACAAGAUAUCUACAAAAACAUCUGUAUUGCAAAGAUCUGAGCUUUUCACCUCUGAGUAAUAGAUUGUUACAAAAAACCUUAUUGAAACUAAAGUGUUUAAUAGUGUGAGGGGUAAAUGUACAGUAUUUAGCUUUUGUAUGGUUGACUCAAGACUUCAUUGGAUGAUUGAGACAUAGCUCCCUUUUCCAUUUACAGAUCGGGAGCUACUGCGCAAAGAAAAACUUUGGAUGUUACUGAUGUUAUUUUUGUACACUUAAUUUAUUUUCCCUCUUUCUUCCUCCCUACCUGCUUCCUUCUUUUUGUCUUGUGUUAUUUUACAACCAGUUCUUAUUCUUACUGUAAUAAUGAUAAUAUAACAAUAAUAGCUAAACAAUAAUUAAUGCUUUAAGACAUAAAUCCAAAGACGUGAUAAUACUUUAACCAUAUGACCUACAAAAAUAAGCGCUACUGUUUACUUGACGAUGUAUUGCUGUUUUUAAAGAAGGAAGGAGUCCCUAUAUUUAAGCUACUGUUUUCUGCCUCUCAUAAGCACACUGGAGACUGUAACCAAAACCCCAAACUAGAGCCAUGGCAGUCUGUAAUAUAGCGGUUGAAGAGUUUUACUUCUCUUGAGAAAUGUUGCAGUUUAUUUUUCUUUCUUUUUUUUUACCAUAGUGUUAAACUUCAGCCCUUAAGGAUGUCCAGUUUGCUGCUAAUGUACUGUAGUUUCUAACGAUACUGUAGAAAGAUGCAUGCUCUGAUCGCUUUAUCAAUAGGCUUUAAUGACUACAAACUGUAAUGAUACCUGUGAUGCUGUUGAUAAACUGCUACUCUGUUAUUCUGUUGAAAACAUGUGGACACGUGGGGCUCAAUUCCAUCAGGUUUGUUUUUCCAGUAUCAUAUUAGUUAACCCCAUUCAGAGAACUGAAAGGCAUUCAUAAAAACAGAAAUAUUUUUUCUAGCUUACACAGAAACCUGCUUGGGGCAUUUACUUCUAAAAGUACUUACGGAGAUACUGCAAAGCGAUUUGAAGGAGUUAAGACCCCCAAACCCUCAACUGGUGUGUUGUUAAGUCUUCUGUGUUGCAAUGUCUCUAGUCGAUAUGUCCAGCUAUAGCAACUUAGCUGAACUCUAACAUCACAACCUACUUUUCAAAGGAUGUGUGUGUACUAACUCCUUUAAGUUUUGUUCUUAAACCAAUGUUUACGACAAUACCAAUGAGCUUUCUUCUGUACAGAAAUGUGCAUUCCAAAUACCACAAGGCAGUUUUUGUAUACAGAUUAUGUUGGAAUUCUUUUCUCUCGUAUUUUCUUGCUCUUAGUGACUGUAAUAUGUACAUAUUGAGGUCCUCUAUGGUGAAGGGACUUUGUUACCUUUACUGUAGAUAAAACUAUUCUUUUCCCUUUUCCUGGAUAUAUUGUUGCCAUAGUGAUGACCAAAAAGAUACCUGUGAUGUGCACCUGUCCUUAUGUCCUGCUCCAGUGGUGUAGUGUGUCUCUAUACUCUCCCUUUCCCAGGUCUCCCCUCUGUGUGUGUUUCUCUUCCCUUUCCUUCCCAUACUCCACUGAGCUAAAUAAAGUCUGCUUUGGUGCA